GCGCGGCUGCAGCUGGAGCGCGAUGGUCCCGACGGCCACUCGGAUUGCAGGGAGUCGCUGCUAAAGAGGGGCUCGGCGCCCGGCGGGGAGUGCAGGCAAUGACUCAGGAUGCAGCCUGGGGCCACGACAUGCACGGAGGACCGCAUCCAGCACGCCCUGGAGCGCUGCCUGCACGGACUCAGCCUCGGCCGCCGCUCCGCCUCCUGGUCAGCCGGGCUGUGUCUGAACUGCUGGAGCCUGCAGGAGCUGGUCAGCAGGGACCCGGGCCACUUCCUCAUCCUCCUUGAGCAGAUCCUGCAGAAAACCCGAGAGGUCCAAGAGAAGGGCACCUAUGACCUGCUCACCCCCCUGGCCUUGCUAUUCUACUCUACUGUCCUCUGUACACCACACUUCCCACCAGACUCAGAUCUCCUUCUGAAGGCAGCCAGAACCUACCACCGAUUCCUGACCUGGCCUGUUCCUUACUGCAGCAUCUGCCAGGAACUGCUCACCUUCAUCGAUGCUGAACUCAAGGCCCCAGGAAUCUCCUACCAGCGACUGGUGAGGGCCGAACAGGGCCUGCCCAUCAGGAGUCACCGCAGCUCCACCGUCACUGUGCUGUUGCUGAACCCAGUGGAGGUGCAGGCCGAGUUCCUCGCCGUGGCUGACAAGCUGAGCGCGCCCGGACACUCGCCCCACACCACCUACACCACCCUGCUCCUGCACGCCUUCCAGGCCACCUUUGGGGCCCACUGUGACUUCCCAGGCCUGCACUGCAGGCUGCAGGCCAAGACCCUGGCAGAGCUUGAGGACAUCUUCACAGAGACUGCAGAGGCACAGGAGCUGGCCUCUGGCAUCGGGGAUGCUGCAGAGGCUCGGCAGUGGCUCAGGACCAAGCUGCAGGCGGUGGGAGAAAAGGCCGGCUUCCCUGGGGUGUUAGACACUGCAAAACCCGGGAAGCUCCAGACCAUCCCCAUCCCCGUUGCCAGGUGCUACACCUACAGCUGGAACCAGGACAGCUUUGACAUCCUGCAGGAAAUCCUGCUCAAGGAACAGGAGCUGCUCCAGCCAGGGAUCCUAGGGGACGACGAAGAGGAGGAAGAGGAGGAGGAGGAGGAGGAGGAGGACUUGGAAACUGACGGACAUUGUGUCGAGAGGGACUCCCUGCUUUCCACGAGCUCCUUGGUGUCCCGUGACUCCACCCUGUCCCUUGCCUCCUCCCAGGCCUCAGGGCCAGCCCUUUCCCGCCACCUGCUGAGCUCCUUUGUGUCGGGCCUCUCGGAUGGCAUGGACAGUGGCUACGUGGAGGACAGUGAGGAGAGCUCCCCCGAGUGGCCCGGGAGGCCUGGCAGCCAGGAACGCCGGGGCCACCGCAGGCCUGGGCAGAAGUUCAACAGGAUCUAUAAACUCUUCAAGAGCACUAGCCAGCUGGUGCUGCGGAGGGACUCUCGGAGCCUGGAGGGCAGCUCGGACCUGCCCCUGCGGCGGGCAGGCAGCCUCUGCAGCCCCCUGGACAGCCUGGAACCACGCCCCACCCGGGCCCAGCGCUCCCUCUCCCUGCCCCAGCCCAAGCUCGGCACCCAGCUGUCCAGCUGGCUCCUGGCCCCUGCUCCACGCCACCAGCGCCGCCGCCCCUUCCUGAGUGGGGACGAGGACCCCAAGGCUUCCACGCUACGUGUUGUGGUCUUUGGCUCCGAUCGGAUUUCAGGGAAGGUGGCUCGGGCGUAUAGCAAACUUCGGCGACUGGAGAACAAUCGCCCGCUCCUCACACGGUUCUUCAAGCUUCAGUUCUUCUACGUGCCCGUGAAGCGAAACCAGGGGACCAGCUCUGGUGCCUGUCCAGCCCCUCUGAAACAGACACCCCCACCCCACACAGACUCCCCGAGGCACCCCAGCCCUGCAGAACUGGGCACGGCCCCAUGGGAAGAGAGCACCAAUGACAUCUCCCACUACCUAGGCAUGCUCGACCCCUGGUAUGAGCGCAAUGUGCUGGGCCUCAUGCACCUGCCCCCUGAAGUCCUGUGCCAGCAGUCCCUGAAGGCCGAAGCCCGGCCCCUGGAGGGCUCCCCCGCCCAGCUGCCCAUCCUGGCCGACAUGCUGCUGUACUACUGCCGCUUUGCCGCCAGGCCGGUGCUGCUGCAGGUCUAUCAGACCGAGCUGACCUUCAUCACUGGGGAGAAGACGACAGAGAUCUUCAUUCACUCCUUGGAGCUGGGUCACUCUGCUGCCACACGCGCCAUCAAGGCUUCGGGUCCUGGCGGCAGCAAACGGCUGGGCAUCGAUGGGGACCGGGAGGCCGUCCCUCUAACACUACAGAUAAUUUACAGCAAGGGGGCCAUCAGUGGACGAAGUCGCUGGAGCACCCUGGAGAAGGUCUGUACCUCCGUCAACCUCAGCAAGGCCUGCCGGAAGCAGGAGGAGCUGGACUCCAGCAUGGAAGCCCUGACGCUAAACCUGACAGAAGUGGUGAAAAGGCAGAACUCCAAAUCCAAGAAGGGCUUUAACCAGAUCAGCACGUCGCAGAUCAAGGUGGACAAGGUGCAGAUUAUCGGCUCUAACAGCUGCCCCUUUGCCGUGUGUCUGGACCAGGACGAGAGAAAGAUCCUGCAGAGUGUGGUCAGGUGUGAGGUCUCACCCUGCUACAAGCCGGAGAAGAGCGGCCUCUCCCCGCCACCCCAGAGGCCCCCCAACCCGCUGGCCCAGGCCACACCCGACCUCUGCUCCCUCCUGUGCCUGCCCAUCAUGACUUUCAGUGGAGCUCUGCCCUAGUGCGGGCCUGGUGCCGGACUGCGCAGGACGCGCGGGGCGGCCCCCUCUGAGCCCCCUCCUGGACGUGCGCUCUCUGGAGAAUGGAAUCACCCUGUGCUGGGUCAGGGUCCCGCUGCCAUGGGCGGGGGCCAGGAGCAAGAUGGUUUCUGGGGCCUUGGGGCUCUGGGAAAGUAACAGGCAUUAGUGUGGCAAUCGAGUGGGGCCUGACCCCGUAGCCUCUCACGUUCCUCGCAGGGGAAGGAGAGGGAUGGGUGAGUUGACCUCCGAAAGCCCUGACUACUCUCACGGUCUAGGAUCCUUCCUAGAAGGAAGAUCUGAGGCUCCGGUGCUCUGGGGUGUGGGUUAGGCCUCUCCCAACGCGUGGCUGCGCCUACCCCUCACUUUGCCAAAGACUUGGGGAACCCUUUGUGUCAGGAGUUCAGUCCCCUCCACUCUGGGGCUCGGGUGGUAGAAACGCGCGCACGAGACUUUUCUUUCCCUGGGUACCACCCCUCCCCCCAGACACACACGCACCCGCCCGGUUUCUCUCUCUCGGGUUCCCCGGGCUUCUGAAAAGCAGCACUAACAGUGGACCUAUCUGUUGUCAAGACCUGGUACAGACUUUCCCUUGAGCGCCUUUCUGGAUCUCAGAUCCUUGGGAGGCAGAACAGGUUUCGGUGCAAUAGCAGCUCAGUUCCCUUCUAGCCAAAUAACCAGAGGACGCAAAUUAAAUUUGAGCUUCCAUUUCCUCAGCAUGAGAAUGGCGGGGCAGGAACAAGUCCUCCUUAAAAGGUCGAGAAGAGAUUGUCUGCAAAGACCCGGUCCCGUGCCAAGAUUAGUGCCUCACCCUCUAAACGCUGAUUCCUCCUGUUUGGGGCCGCUGGGGUAUUCUCAGCCUCUGGAAAGUUCCUCACUCCCACCUUCCCAACUCAUGGCUGAGGCAGAACCCAGACUGAGGAGGAAUCGCGUCGGUCAGGGUAAGGGAGGGCUGCUCAGGUGCCCCACCCCACACCCCCUUCUCUGUCAGGUUGGCCCCAGUGCCCCCCACUUCCAUCUCACUCUUUGGGCUGGUGCACGUUGUGUGUAGAAUCUUCCAUACCCACGAGUGCACUGGCACCGUUCCGGCACCUGGGCGAGGUUCCAGAGCAGAGCUUGGAGGGACUGGCCCCUCGGGGCUUAGUGCCUGCUGGUGGGAAGACGGGACUGAUGCGUGGGAAAUGAGAGAACGCAAGAGCCUGGAAUUUCAAACGGCCAGGCUGGGUUGGUUGGCAAAGUUGGAAGCAAGUGUGGACUAGGGCAAUAGGGUGCAGGCAGGACCAGGGUUUGGGCUGGUAGAGGUGAAGAAAGUGACCAGAAGCAUCAAGCUGUAUCCCACACAGAGCCGCUUCUUCUCCUGAUUCAUCCUGCUCAGAAGGCCCUGGGCUCAUCAGAGCCUGUGAAAUCGCAGCCUGGAGAUCUUAUGACUUGAGAGAAGCGGGCAGGGCCAGCCCCGCCCUGUCUCGC